AUGGAAAUCAUUUUCAGAAGUGCGAUCUUAGAGAAUACGCCGCUCACGAAGCAGUCAAAAACCGCAAGUACGAGUUUGAUCGAUACGUAUAGUACACGAAGAAGAUCGGUGAUUCCGAGAGAUUUAAAAGCAGACAAUACCGAUACCGAUACCGAUACCACCACUCCAUUCGAGCACUCAUCUUUGGACGACGAAGCUAUCGAAGAAAUGAAUUCUAUAAAAAUUUCAGAAAGAUUGGAAGGUAUGAGAAGUCGUCUCGACGCAACAAUGAACAGCAUUCCGAAUCAAUCGCCGAAAAAGAAGGUCAGUGUCGAGAGUGAGAAGACGGAUCUAUUGAAUGAGAGUCGUCGUUUGGCCGGAGCUUGCAAGGCAUUGGUGAGAGCAGUGAACGGUGAAGAGGAAAGGCAACUGGCCACGAUCACUCACGAGAUUGUCGAAAGUGCUGACCAUUUAACAUCGACCACUCAACAAAUCAUACAACAUUCAAAUUCGGUCUUUAGUGCACAGCUGAUGACCGCAAAAACUGAUCAGAUGUUGAAAUCAUUGAUCGAGACACUUGCACUGGUUGAGGAAGUGAGAGUGUUGGAAAAUGCUUCAUCUUCUGAUGCGAUGAAGACGCUAACCAGCCGAAGUACAACUUUGGCUGCCCAAAUAACACAGCUCAUUCAAGCAGUCAGAAAUUUGUGA